AUGGCGUCCAUUCCAUUCCCAUGUCUAAAGCCGACAAAAGAAGCCGAACCAAAAGAGAUCAGACCAGACCUCAAUGUUCGCCUAAUAUGUCCAGACUGUAGAAAUCCCGUUCCAAAUAUCAUAGAGGAAUUCGCGAAUGGUGAUCUUGUGUGUGGUGACUGUGGUCUGGUGUUAGGUGACCGAAUUAUCGAUACUCGUUCUGAAUGGCGUACCUUUGCCAAUGAUGAGGGUGAUGACCCAUCGCGUGUUGGUGCUGCCGCUAAUCCGCUACUUGAUGGUGCUCAAUUGGACACAGUCAUUUCGCGAAAAGACGGUGGCUCAGGAACAGCCCGUGAUUUAAAUAAAGUUCAUGGUCGUGCCACCGCAGUUAAGGGUGAAAAGAACUUGAUUCAAGCGUAUAAGGAGAUAGCAGCCAUGUGCGAUGCAAUCGGGCUAACAAAAUUGAUUGCCGAUAUUGCAAAGCAAUUGUAUAAACGUGCUGAGGAGGAAAAAUUACUUCGAGGUAAAAGCACAGAGUCAAUUAUAGCCGCAUGCAUCUUUAUCGCAUGUCGCCAGGAAAACGUGCCACGCACCUUCAAAGAAAUCUGUGCCAUUACCCGCGUACCGAAAAAAGAAAUCGGUCGUUGCUUUAAAACAUUAAUUCGCACCUUCGAAACAAAUGUUGCCACCAUGACCUCGGAAGACUUGAUGUCUCGAUUCUGUUCGAUGUUGCGUCUUCCCAUACAAGUGCAAAAGGCCGCGGUGGAAUUGACGAAAAAGGUAAAAGAAUGUGGCACACUUGCUGGCAAGUCGCCGGUGUCG